GUUUUAAGAAACCUAUCUUGGAAUUCUUUCUACCUUUACUCAAAAAGCACAGUUCUUCAAUUCGGAGCUAGGCUGGUCACCCUUUCAGCCGAGCCAACUGUUUGUUUUCUCGUGUAAACGGUUUGCCGCGUUUUGUAAGGAAAUGUACGAAACGUUGACUCGCCCAGAGUGGCUCGGGUAGGCGAGUGACCCUGCUUCUCGAGACAAUUGUUUUCCAUAUAGCAGAGCCUCAAUGACCUAGCGGCUUAUUGCAGUGGUCGGUUCCAGGUUUAAUAUCGCAAAAUUUUUCCAUAUUUGGUCGACAAUAACUGGUUACCGGUAUGAUGAAUUGUGCUUGGGAUUUUAGCCAAUCAGAAACAGAGAAAUAUUUUGAAUGAAUAAUAAUUUGAUAUAUUGAACUAGGAAAGAAAGUUUUUCCUUUUUAUUAGACCAGAUUCAAUGAUCAAACCGGAUGUU